CUGGUUAAGUGUGUUAAUCGACUUCUUGACUUCAUACACACGGCUCAAGUUAGAUAGGUUGCCAUACACCUUUUGAAGUGUAUCCCACAACUCUUUAGAGCUCUCACAGUAACAAUAAGCUUCCAAAAUAGAUGGUUCAAGGCUGUUUUGGAUGAUGGACAACACCAUGAGAUCCUCUUGACCCCAUUUCCUAUCAUCUGCCAAGACCAUUUCAACACCAUCUUUCUCUUGGAUGGUUUUCUUAGGGACUUCACCAAUAGAAACAUGGUUCCAUAGACCCCUUCCUCCAAGUGCGGUUUUGACCAUUCUGGACCAUAACAGAUAGUUUACUCCCUUUAGGGUAACUGGAAUCAUCACCAUCUUAGAGUUCUCCAUCUUGAAGAGCUAUUAAUCAGUGGGAAAAGAGUGUAUAUAAGAAAAGGUUUGAUAAACGAGAUGAAACAGAGUGAAUUGCGGAAGACAAUAAAGGUUUCAAGAGCUUGUAUGCUCUGAUACCAUGUGAGAAUUUGAGUGUUAGGAGUUUAGAAUGUAGAAAGAGUAACUAGUUUAGAUAGAUUGUGAAAUCUGGGAUGAGAGAAAGAGAGUUUUGAGAGAGAAGAGAAUAGUAUAGAGGAGUUUAUUUCUCCCUAUAUUAAAUCUAUUACAAGAGUUGUCUAUUUAAGCUUACAAGAAUAAUGAUAAAGACAAGACAGAUUGUCUCAUCUCUCCAACAGCUAUAUUUUCAAAUUUUGAAUCUGCCAACUGCCACAAUCACUAGCUCAUAGUUUCUGGUCACACAAGUAUAGUUGACCCCUUUUUCUUCUUCAUGUCAACAAGUAGUUAGUAUUAGCCUACUAGGGUGUUGCGUAUUGUUGCUGUAGCCAUUAAGGGUAUAUGCGUCCCAUUUUUAUAAUUCUGCUACGGAAGGCCUCUUUUUUGGAAAUUAUUAAAACAAGUCUUAUAUUUGUCUAAAUCAUUUUAAUUGGUAAUAUUGCUGAUCUAACCCCUUUUAUGGUAAGACACAUUGAUUAGUACUACUAGUAAUAAAUUGCGAAUAUAUGAAAAAGAAAGUUAAAGAAGUUUAUGGAAAGAACGUUACGGAGUAUUAUUUAAAAAUAGAACCCACCCUAAAUUGGCUCAAUUGCAUCGGUUUUUAGGCAAAACACUGGCUCAAAGCUUUCCACCUUCAACCGCAGGCGAUAUCACCUAUAUCAAUAGAGGUUUGUUUCGUUUUUUUGUUUCGGUUAUUUUAUAUUUUUAAAAGCUCGCCACAAAUCCCACAAUUAUGAAUGUUUAUUGUUCUUUGGCCAGAAUCUCUUUCAGAUUGUGCGUAUUGGCUUGUGAAAGAUGAAGUUCAGUUUAAAAUGUAGAAAUGUUCCAUUGUAUUACGCCUAAUUGUUAUAAAAACUUUUAUCAUCACACACCAUUUCAGCAUAAUCACCUAACAAUCCUUGCUAUAUCAGUAGUAUUCCUUAUUUGCAGUGCAAUUUGGUAGUUCUAAUUAAACAAUAUAAACAGUCUUAUUUGCUAAUACUAGAAGUCCAAUUUGUUAACAGAAGUAUUUAUCAUGAUUCAUUGCCUGCCCGGCUAUGCAUGUUAUGUACUAAAAACCAACUAAUUAAUGAAGAUUAUCAGUGUAAUGGCCAGUGUUUGUCGAAGAAAGACCACAUCAGGCGAAAGAGAGGACUUAAUAAGUCAACUACCAGCGGAACUGAAGGAAUCAAUUCUAGAAUUGUUGAACAUGCGUGAAGCUGCCAGAAUGGCUCUUCUUUCAACUCACUGGAAGGAUGUCUGGUUUGCCCACGGCCAGCUGGAAUUUGGUUUGAACUUCUUCUUCCAUUUUCUACAAUUCGACGAUGACGAUGAACCCCUAGAGGAUUGCGUUGAAACAAUGAACCGGUGUGUCAUGCUCCGGACGGGACCGGUUAAGAAGUUUACACUGGCGCAUUCAGAGUAUGAGGAGUAUUGCAUAUCUGGAAGACUUCCUAUGCCACUACCACCUGAUAUAGAUCGUUGGUGUCUUUUUCUGUCGAGACAUGGCAUUGAGGAACUUCACCUUUCUAUUCAUAAUUUUAAAGAAACAUAUAUUCUUCAAGAGUGUAUAAUCACUUGCCCUUCAAUUAAGCAAGUCCUUAUUGGUGGAUUCAGUUUUCGCUUCCCUGUUAAUUCACAUUGUGUGUUUCCUGCUGUCACUUCAUUGGUUUUUGAGUUUGUUAUAUUCGAGCCUGAUCCCUCUGGAACAGUCUACAGUCUUCCUAAUUUGGAGAAGCUUUCUUUUGAUAACUGUCCUGGGAUUGAUAAUUUUGUGAUUAGCGCACCAAAACUAAAGAGCUUAACUAUUGACCGUAGUUUUAAAAGUGUGGCUGCUUCAAGAUGGUUUGUGCUCCAUUUUGCUGUAAUCAAUACUCUUUACUUGCAUGCAGAUUUGUUGUCGCAUACACCUGAUGCCGUAGCUGCAAGGACGUUCCCAAUUGCAAAAAAUCUGCAAGUGGUUGUGAUUCAUCAUGUCAAUUUUGUUCGUGCGAAGCACUUCACCUUUGUUACCGAAUUGAUUCAAAAAUGUCCAACGCUACAUGAACUUGGAAUUGAGACAUCGCAUUAUUAUUGCCAAAGAGAUGAUGAAGAGGAUGCUUCGAGGAUUUUGGAGUAUCCCUUCAGCUGUGUUCUAAGAAAGGGACUGAAAAUGCUUAAAACGGUAAAGAUGCAAUUUUUUCAUGGAUACAGACUCGAAGUGCUAUUUGUUAAAACAAUCCUUUUAAACUCACCCUCCCUUGAGGAACUUGUUAUUACGAAAGUAGUCCACUUCAAGGCUCUCGAAAUCCUAGAGGAAGUUAUGAGCUUCUCUCGUUCAUCCCCAAAAGCCCAAGUUGUCUUCUUAGAGGAAAAGUAUGAGUCUACAAGUCAGCCUACCACAUAGGUUCUUCCAUGCAUGUGUUGCAUAUUCUCCGAUGUUUCUCUUGGUUUGCUAGAAGUUAAGAAAGUAUUUUAGUGGUUUGUAUCAACUUUAGUAAGUGCAUUACCUUUUAGAGUACUAUGAGCCAUUUGAUGUCUAAAGUGCACUGCAUUUUGCUCUAAAAACGUGUAAUUCUUUGGUCAAGUAGUAAUUUGUUAUUUGAUCUUUGGAGUUUACAAGGGUUUCUUAUAAUCAUAUAAGGUCUCCAAAUAAAUGUCAAUGGGAGAAGAAAAUACCAAGUAGCUGACUGCUCCGCUAUAAAGGCC